GAAUGCAGCAUUCUUCCCACUAGCAUUUACUGUUUGUAGCUACGUUAGCUCUGUCAUUAAGUCAGUUGACCAGCCUUCAUACAGCCUGCUGGACGCACAAAAGCAGUGGAGGUCUGUCAUUUUUACUACGAUACAGACGAGUAGAGCAGCAGGUGAACAUUUCGGGUGCAUGAUAUCGGUUGAGAUGUGUAAUAAGCUGCAUUGGACAUUAAGGACCUACCUGGCUAUCAGCCUAUCAACUGACAGCUGUCACCGCACCUAGCUGCUUAGCUAGCUGCCUAGGUGAGCUAACGGCUAACAAGUGUUUUUCGGGCUAAUUUAGCCAGCCAGUGGAGAGUGGAAAGCGGUGACUUCCGCAUGAACGUUAUAUCUCAGUAUUUUCUCAACAAUAUUCGACUCCGCCUGCUGUUCAAAUGAGUUAGCCAAAGAGCGUCGGACCGCAGUGUUUGAAAUAUUUUGAGGUCCAGCUAGUUAGCUAGCAUUUAGCUUCAAGCUUCAUUCAAUUAUUGAAAACCUGCUAAAGCGUUAACGUUAACACUAGAACCUCAACGGACAGUUUUAUCCAAUCACAGUUGUUUUGCUACUAAUAUAUAUUUUUGGACUUGGCCGUGCUUUGGAUAACCUCGGGGGGGGGAAAUGAAGAAAUUUUUUGAUUCUCGUCGGGAGUUGGUGAGCUCUGGGCCGGGCUCCGGAGUCGGUGGAGGAGGCGCUGGUUCCGGCGGCGGUGGCAGCUUCAUCGGACGGGUCUUCACCAUCGGACGAUAUCAAGUGACCGUGGAGGAAAUCGUCGCCGAAGGAGGGUUUGCAAUCGUUUUUUUGGUGCGGACUCAUCAAGGCGUACGUUGUGCACUAAAAAGGAUGUAUGUCAACAAUGAACAUGAUCUGCAAGUCUGCCAACUUGAGAUACAGAUUAUGAGGGACCUAGUGGGCAACAAAAACAUAGUUGGUUAUCUGGACUCCAGCAUAACUGCAGUUGGAGCUGACGAUGUGUGGGAAGUCCUAAUCUUAAUGGACUUCUGUCGAGGUGGGCAGGUGGUUAAUCUAAUGAACCAGCGGUUACAGACAGGCUUCACUGAAGCUGAGGUGUUACAGAUCUUUUGUGACACGUGCGAGGCGGUCGCUCGUCUCCACCAGUGCAAGACUCCAAUCGUCCAUCGAGAUCUCAAGGUGGAAAAUAUUCUUCUGCACGACCGGGGACACUACGUGCUCUGUGAUUUUGGAAGUGCCACCAACCACUUCCAAAACCCCGAGACAGAGGGGGUGGCAGUCGUGGAGGAGGAAAUCAAAAAGUACACUACUCUGUCAUACCGCGCUCCAGAGAUGGUCAACCUCUAUGGUGGAAUGAUAAUCACAACAAAGGCAGACAUUUGGGCCAUGGGUUGUCUUCUCUAUAAGCUGUGCUACUUCACGCUACCUUUUGGGGAGAGCCAAGUGGCGAUCUGUGAUGGAAGUUUCACGAUCCCAGACAACUCCCGCUACUCCCAGGACAUGCACUGUCUCAUCAGAUACAUGCUCGAACCUGACCCAGAUAAGAGACCAGACGUCUACCAAAUAUCCUACUUUGCCUUUAAACUGGCACGACGAGAGUGUCCGGUCCCAAAUGUACAUAAUUCACCUAUUCCUGCAAAACUUCCCGAGCCCAUUAGAGCCAGUGAAGCAGUGGCCAAAAAGAGUCAAACCAAAGCCAGGCUCACAGACCCCGUUCCUACCUUGGAAACCUCCAUUGCACCUCGCCAACGACCCAAGGCUGGCCAGGCUCAGCCCCAGCCGAUAUCAGGCAUUCUUCCCAUCCAGCCAGCUCUCACCCCGCGCAAGAGGCCCAAUGUGGCUGCUGGAGCACCCCAGGCCAUAGGUGUUGGUAUCAAUGUCCCGCCACCAGCUUCAGCCGCUGUGCAAGCUGCUCAACAGGCUCCUGCUGCACAGGCCGCUCCGCAGCCAGCUCCGACAGCCAACAUGCAGCCACAGGCUACACCACAGCAUCAGCAGCUUCUCAUGAAGCAGCAGCAAGCCGCAGCCUUUCUAAGCCCACAGAGUAACCAGCAGCACCAACUGGUACAGAGCCUCCAGCAACAACAAACAGCGUCUCAGCCGUCUACCCUGCUGCAGUCCAAAGUUAAGCCUGUUCAUCCAGUUAUUGCCCUGCAACUGCCACACCAGCAGCAUGUAGCCCAUGUCCAUGAAACUGCAGCUUCUCAUCUGACCCCGAUCCCCGAGUCUGCAGCCGUUGGUCCUGCAGCUGACCCAGAGACGGCUGGCCGAGUGAUUCACAAAGUCGGCUCGAUGACGCCCCCCUCGUCGCCAAAGAUGGCCCCUAAAAGCGGCCACAGACGCAUUUUGAGCGAUGUCACUCACAGUGCCGUGUUUGGGGUCCCGGUCAGCAAAUCCACCCAGCUACUCCAGGCAGCCGCAGCUGAGGCUGGCCUCAACAAGUCCAAAUCAGCCAGCACGACUCCUUCUGGCUCCCCCUGCUCGUCUCAGCAGAGUGUGUAUCAUCCAGGUGAUGCUAACGCCCAAUCGGCCCUUACUGCACCCAGCGCUCAGCCCAGCUGGAACCCCUUUGGGGAUGAUAACUUCUCCAAGCUAACAGCAGAGGAGCUGCUUAACAAAGACUUUGCAAAGUUAGCUGAGACUGCCGCACCAGGAGAGAAGGUCACAGGCUCCAGUGAAAAUCUCAUUCCAGGGCUCAAUGCGUUUCCAGCUGAAAGGUCGGAAGACAUCAUGAGUGCAGGUUCAGCGUUGUUGACUGUCCCGGACCCCUUUAAUGCCCUCUCCCUCUCUGACACCACAGAGAAGCUGAUUGAGGGACUGAAGUCCCCGGAAACUUCUCUGCUGCUCCCCGACCUCUUAACACCAGCCAACCCCUUCAAUAGUUCUGCAGAGAGCUCUACCAAUGUGAAGGCAGAGGUGUGUGUGGAUUCACUGAUUCCUGGUUUGGAAGCCCCCCAGGCCCAGCGACACUCGGGCCAGCCAGAGCUCCUCCCUGCCAGCAUACCAGACUCUCUCACUGGGGAGGACUCUCUGCUGGGUUGCGACCUGUUAUCUCAUACUUCUCCUCAUGGAAACCAGUCUGUUUCUGCUCUCCCGUCCUGCUCCUCUGCUCCUCCUGGAUCCGGCUCUGGAUCCUGUCUGGAGGAGCUGCCGCCUGGUCAGACAGCUUCUGACUCUGCUUUUCUCAUGCCGUGUGGGGAGAAGGGCAAUGACGACGAGUUUGACCCUAUUCCCGUGCUUAUCUCCAAAAACUCAAAUCAAGAUGUUCAAGGGGAAAGCAAUGGCUACUCUGUUCUUAGUGAGGGACAGGAGACUGAACCUGCAAAAAGAGGAUCUCGCGCAAACGAGGGAUGUGUGCACUCCAGCGAUGAAGAAGAGGAGGAGGAGGAGGAUGAAGCCCAUAAAGAAGAGCAGCAGGAUGAGGGAGCCGUUGAGAGUCACGCAGCCGCCCAUGACUGCAGCGGCUCCAGACCUCUGCUGCUCGACUCAGAGGACGAAGAAGAACCUCAGUUAUUCGUCCACUCGUCAUCGCAUUCCAGCACAGUCCCAACGUCACGACCAUCCGCUACCUUCCACCAACCAACUCCGAGCACCUUCGCUCAGAAUCAUUCCCAGCAUGUACACGAGCCAGCAAAAGGGCCAGAUGUCGCCGCAGAUGUUUUCUCAAAAGCACCCUUUCACGUUGCGCAAGAAGAAACGGCCGACGUGUUUGCCAGCGCUCCGUUUCCACGCGCCCCCCUUGCAGCUCCGCAGCACUUCGACGUAUUCUCUCAGGCUCCCUUCGGAAAAAGAAAAGAGGCUCCAGGAGCUCAGCAGUCAUAUCCUCAUGCGUCUGGAGUUCACGCUGUGACCGCUGAUCACGGCGUGUUGGGACAAGUUGUCCAGCAGCCGUUCCGCCCACAAGCUCUGGCCAAAUAUUCCAGACACUUUGAGGGACCUGCGCCGCAGAAGCCAGUAGCAGCUCACCGGGUAGUGUCGAACGUGAACAGGCAAGCCGCUGUGGCGUCGGUCCCCGUGGGACCUCUUCGCUCACGGACCUCGGAAGUGAGCGCUGUAGACCCUUUCGUCUCUGCGCCCUUUCACCUCAAGGCCCCGCAAGAAAAGCCCUGAGCGCACACUCGGAGAGGUCAGCGCUCAUCACUGAAUUAUGCAAACCAUUACAGGCGCACUGCAUGCUGUUGCAAGCGCUGCAGCUGGACUGCAGGCCUGCAUGGAUCUCAUUCUUUAUUGGCUCCAAUUAGUGGUAGUGCGAGGUCAUCUUUACACUUGAAUGUUCCAUUAGAGUAAGAAAACUGACAUAAAUCCUUGACUCCUAGUUGCUUUUUUUUUUUUUUUUUAAUAUUUCCUGUCACGUCCUUUUACCUUUUUGAAUUGUCAUUGGUCCUUUUGGUACGUACAU